CAGUAACCAACACAACCACAUAUUCUAACGGUCGCCACAGAGAGCAAACCAACUUACACUAGUUCAGAUCAUACCUGUAACUCUAUAAAUAUACCUUUGGUUAUUCAUAUCCCUUUGAGAAACAAAAUAUGUCAUCUCUUGCUUAUUUCCUCAUCCUCCACCUAUGUGUUUCCAUGCAUGCAUGCAGUUCCCGCCAUCUUCGCGUGUUCCACAAGGAACCCGAAAACGAAAUAUUGAGUCUUGAAAGUAGCAAGACACCAGAACUAGUGUUUGAGCUCCAAGGAAGAAAGGUUAAUGAAGAUAACAUUGAACAAAGGGAGUCCAAGCUUGAGUUUACUUUAAAUGAGCAGAAGGCGUGGAAAGGAAGUGAAUAUAUCAAGGUACAAAUAUCUCAAGAGGAAAAUAAAAUAGAGGAAUGGAAGAAUCAUGGUCGAUCAACAAAGGAGUCUAAGCUACAAGAUUCAAAGGAAACUAUUAAUAAAUCUAAGGAUAAUAGUGUUACUGAAGAUGUUGUAGUCAUGGACUAUGCACAGCCCCAUCGUAAACCACCUAUCCACAAUAUACAGCCCUAAAAUUACUUGUUCUUGUUAAUUCUCCCUUAAAUCUCAUAUGGGUAUAUUCCAUUAUAUGUAAGAGAAUUAAAGGGAGUCUAGUACUUCGAUUCGAUCCUUCCUGUUAUAUUUAAAUUAGUUACUCGAUAUUAUAUUUUUCGAUCUUGUAUUGUAAGAUGAAUUAAGUUAUGCAUUCAGAGUUGUAAGUACAAUAACCCUUUUGGGGGUAUAUUAUGAUCAACUCUAGCAAUGCUUUGUUCCUAUAUAUAUAUAUAUGAUAUAUGUAUGAUAAGAGUAAAUGUAAGGAAUCAUUGUAUGGUUGGUUACUUGCAAUUAUGUCUAUGUUGCAGUAUUGUUAUAACCGUUCUAUCAAUGAAGAAAAUAUCGAAAAGA